CGCCAGCGAGUCCGUCAGUGUUGUUUGUGUGCUCGGUCAUCUGCGAAAGCAAUGGGCAGCACUCUCCACUCGACGCCUCCCAUAUGCAGCCAUGCUGGAUUCUCACAGGCACCACAAUCAGAGUAACCACACCCAUCUCAUCUCGCGCGUCCGGGUACACACCCACGCCGAACCCUCACGCCCAUCAAACGCCUACUGCCACACCGCACUCGAAGUUGCGCACGGCACCACAGGCGCAGCCAGGAGCACAAGCCUCCUCCUGGGACGGACCCGACCCCAAGAAACAACAAUCCACAGAGGGCACCGCACCCCUGGCAGCCUGUCCCCGUGGACCAUGCCAUGCCAUGCCCAUGUCAUCCCUGGUCAAGGCAACGCGGCCCAGUUUUUUGGACGACCAGGGGUCCUAUCAGCCCGACCCAAGACCCAAGACCAGACCCAGGAUCCAGACCGAGGAGCGAGCGAGGAGAAGCGUGUACAGUACGGGCGCGAGGGGAAGGACGGUACAGAAGAGGCAAGGGACGCGCGAUGAAGACGCGGUAGCACAUCCAUGGGGAAUGAGAAUUCGCCGGCCAAAAGCCAACGUGUAGCUUUCUGGUGUUCUGGCGUUCUGGGCUUCAUAGGCUGGAGGCUCUCUGCGCCAGCAAUAAUACCGUAAGGUUUUCUGGCUGAGCACUGUAUAGAACAGGACUGUCCCUGGAGCAAACAGCGUGGACGGCAUGGAGCCAAUGUACCUCUGAUCUG